GUGAGGAAAAGGAGAGCAGGAUGUACAUGAGGAACCCUGUCUCUGCUCAGCUGGCCCUGGAUGGUGCUGGGACCAUGGUGAACUGCUCCAUCAAGUCCGAGGAGAAGAAGGACCCUUGCCAUGGGGACCCCCAGGCUUCGGCAGCUGUGGCCGAGCCCCAGCCUGGAGACCCAGCCCGGGACCCCGCCGAUGCUGCUGACCCCCAAGCUCCAGCUCAGGAGUGUAGCUCUCCGGAGAGCAGCGGGUCCCCAGAGCCCAAGAGACCAGGCACCUCUGAGGCAGCUUCUGGAGGCCAGGAGAAGCUGGACUUCAACCGCAACCUCCAGGAGGUCGUGCCGGCCAUCGAGAAGCUACUGUCCAGCGACUGGAAGGAGCGGUUUCUGGGAAGAAACUCCGUGGAAACCAAAGAUGUCAAAGGGACCCAAGAGAGCCUGGUGGAGAAGGAGCUGCAGCUUCUGGUCAUGAUCCACCAGCUGUCCACCCUGCGGGACCAGCUCCUGACCGCCCAUUCGGAGCAGAAGAACAUGGCCGCCAUGCUGUUCGAGAAGCAGCAGCAGCAGAUGGAGCUGGCCCGGCAGCAGCAGGAGNAGAUCGCCAAGCAGCAGCAGCAGCUGAUCCAGCAGCAGCAUAAGAUCAACCUCCUUCAGCAGCAGAUACAGCAGGUCAACAUGCCUUAUGUCAUGAUCCCAGCCUUCCCCCCGAGCCACCAGCCUCUGCCCGUCGCCCCCGACUCCCAGCUGGCCCUGCCCAUCCAGCCCAUCCCCUGCAAGCCAGUGGAGUACCCGCUGCAGCUGCUGCACAGCCCCCCUGCGCCCGUGGUGAAGAGGCCAGGGGCCAUGGCCGCCCAUCACCCCCUGCAGGAGCCCUCCCAGCCCCUGAACCUCACAGCCAAGCCCAAGGCUCCUGAGCUGCCCAACAGCUCCAGCUCCCCCAGUCUGAAGAUGGGCACCUCUGGGGCCCGGCCCCCCAGCCACGGCACGGCCGCACGAGACCGGCCGUCCAGCCCGCCCAGCCUGCCUCUGGGCUUCCUGGGAGAGGGGGAUGCGGUCACCAGAGCCAUCCAGGACGCCCGGCAGCUGCUGCACAGCCACAGUGGGGCCUUGGAGAGCUCCCCCAGCACCCCGUUCCGCAAGGACCUCAUCGGCCUGGACUCAUCCCCGGCCAAGGAGCGGCUGGAGGAGAGCUGUGUGCACCCUCUGGAGGAAGCCAUGUUGAGCUGUGACGUGGACGGCUCCCGCCACUUCCCCGAGUCCCGAAACAACAGCCACAUCAAGAGACCCAUGAAUGCCUUCAUGGUGUGGGCCAAGGAUGAGCGGAGGAAGAUCCUCCAAGCCUUCCCGGACAUGCAUAACUCCAGCAUCAGCAAGAUUCUCGGCUCGCGCUGGAAGUCCAUGAGCAACCAGGAGAAGCAGCCUUACUACGAGGAGCAGGCGCGGCUAAGCCGGCAGCACCUGGAGAAGUACCCGGAUUACAAGUACAAGCCGCGGCCCAAGCGCACCUGCAUCGUGGAGGGCAAGCGGUUGCGCGUGGGCGAGUACAAGGCCCUGAUGCGGACCCGCCGCCAGGACGCGCGUCAGAGCUUCGCCAUCCCCUCACAGGCAGGCCAGGUGCAGAUGAGCCCGUCGGAUGUUCUGUACCCCCGGGCUGCAGGGGCGCCCCUGGCACAGCCACUGGUGGAGCACUGUGUGCCCCAGAUCCUGGACCCCAACAUGCCUGUGAUCGUCAACACCUGCAGCCUCAGGGAGGCGGGGGAGGGCACCGAGGACAGGCACUCGGUGGCCGAUGGCGAGAUGUACCGGUACAGCGAGGACGAGGACUCGGAGGCCGACGAGAAGAGCGACGGGGAGCUGGUGGUGCUCACGGACUGAGUGGGCCUGUUGGUACUUCAACUUGGGCAGCCCGGGCUGGGCAGAGCUGUGCACUUGUAGAUACUUUGGUGGGGGAGGGCCCUCCUCCGACGC